AUGGUGGGGGUGCUGAUGAUAGUGGUGAUGAUAGUGGCGGUGAUGGUAAUGGAGGUGAUGGUGCUGAUAAUGAAGAUGGUGAUGGGGAUGAUAGUGGUGCUGAUGAUGGUGAUGCCCCUGCCCUGUCACCAGAUCCUUGGGUAUUUUGACAUCGCGUUCACCUCUGUCUUCACUGUGGAGAUUGUCCUCAAGAUGACAGCCUACGGGGCCUUCCUGCAUAAGGGCUCCUUCUGCCGCAACUACUUCAACAUCUUGGACCUGGUGGUGGUGGCUGUGUCCCUCAUCUCCAUGGGCCUUGAGUCCAGCACCAUCUCCGUGGUGAAAAUACUGAGGGUGCUGAGGGUGCUCCGACCGCUCCGGGCCAUCAACAGAGCCAAAGGGCUGAAGCACGUGGUGCAGUGUGUGUUCGUGGCCAUCCGCACCAUCGGAAACAUCGUCCUGGUCACCACCCUCCUGCAGUUCAUGUUCGCGUGCAUCGGCGUCCAGCUCUUCAAGGGGAAGUUCUUCAGCUGCAACGACUUGUCCAAGAUGACGGAGGAGGAGUGCAAGGGCUACUACUAUGUGUACAAGGACGGGGACCCCACGCAGAUGGAGCUGCGGGCCCGCCAGUGGAUACACAACGACUUCCACUUCGACAACGUGCUCUCAGCGAUGAUGUCACUCUUCACAGUGUCCACCUUCGAGGGGUGGCCUGAGCUGCUGUACAAGGCCAUAGACUCUUACGAGGAGGACAAGGGCCCCGUGUACAACCACCGCGUGGAGAUGGCCAUCUUCUUCAUUAUCUACAUCAUCCUCAUCGCCUUCUUCAUGAUGAACAUCUUCGUGGGCUUUGUCAUCGUCACCUUCCAGGAGCAGGGCGAGACCGAGUAUAAGAACUGCGAGCUGAACAAGAACCAGCGCCAGUGUGUGCAGUACGCCCUGAAGGCCCGCCCCCUCCGGUGCUACAUCCCCAAAAACCCUUACCAGUACCAGGUGUGGUACGUGGUCACCUCCUCCUACUUCGAAUACCUCAUGUUCGCCCUCAUCAUGCUCAAUACCAUCUGCCUGGGCAUGCAGCACUACAACCAGUCGGAGCAGAUGGACCACAUCUCAGACAUCCUCAACGUGGCCUUCACCAUCAUCUUCACGCUGGAGAUGAUCCUCAAGCUCAUGGCAUUCAAGGCCAGGGGCUAUUUUGGGGACCCCUGGAACGUGUUUGACUUCCUGAUUGUCAUCGGCAGCAUCAUUGACGUCAUCCUCAGUGAGAUCGACACUUUCCUGGCCUCCAGCGGGGGACUGUAUUGCCUGGGUGGCGGCUGCGGGAACGUUGACCCCGACGAGAGUGCCCGCAUCUCCAGCGCCUUCUUCCGCCUGUUCCGGGUCAUGAGGCUGAUCAAGCUGCUGAGCCGCGCGGAGGGCGUGCGCACGCUGCUCUGGACCUUCAUCAAGUCCUUCCAGGCCCUGCCCUACGUGGCUCUGCUCAUCGUCAUGCUCUUCUUCAUCUAUGCUGUCAUCGGCAUGCAGAUGUUUGGGAAGAUCGCCAUGGUGGACGGAACCCAGAUAAACCGGAACAACAAUUUCCAGACCUUCCCCCAGGCCGUGCUGCUGCUCUUCAGGUGCGCCACGGGUGAGGCGUGGCAGGAGAUCCUGCUGGCCUGCAGGUACGGGCAGCUGUGCGACCCCGAGUCAGACUACCUCCCUGGGGAGGAAUAUACCUGCGGCACCGACUUCGCCUACUACUACUUCAUCAGCUUCUACAUGCUCUGUGCCUUCCUGAUCAUCAACCUCUUUGUGGCUGUGAUCAUGGACAAUUUUGACUACCUCACCCGGGACUGGUCCAUCCUGGGCCCACAUCACCUGGACGAGUUCAAGGCCAUCUGGGCAGAGUACGACCCGGAAGCUAAGGGCAGAAUCAAACACCUGGACGUGGUGACCCUGCUGAGAAGGAUCCAGCCCCCUCUGGGCUUUGGGAAGUUUUGUCCACACCGGGUGGCAUGUAAGCGGCUGGUGGGCAUGAAUAUGCCCCUGAACAGCGAUGGCUCGGUCACCUUCAACGCCACCCUCUUCGCCCUGGUCCGAACAGCGCUCAAGAUCAAGACGGAAGGUAACUUUGAGCAGGCCAACGAGGAGCUGAGGGCCAUUAUCAAGAAGAUCUGGAAGAGAACCAGCAUGAAGCUCCUGGACCAGGUCAUCCCGCCAAUUGGAGAUGACGAAGUGACAGUGGGGAAGUUCUACGCCACGUUUCUCAUCCAGGAGCACUUCCGGAAGUUCAUGAGGCGCCAGGAGGAGUAUUAUGGGUAUCGGCCCAAGAAGGACACCGUGCAGAUCCAGGCUGGACUGCGGACCAUUGAGGAGGAGGCAGCCCCUGAGAUCCGCCGCACCAUCUCAGGAGACCUGACCGCGGAGGAGGAGCUGGAGCGGGCCAUGGUGGAGGCCGCAAUGGAGGAAGGGAUAUUCCGGCGGACUGGAGGCCUGUUUGGCCAGGUGGACAACUUCCUGGACAGAACCAACUCUCUGCCCCCCCAUAUGGCCAACCAGAGGCCCCUCCAGUUUACUGAAAUCGAGAUGGAGGAGCUGGAGUCCCCCGUCUUCUUGGAGGACUUCCCUCAGCAUCCAAGCACCAACCCCCUUGCUCGCGCCAACACCAACAACGCCAACGCCAACGUUGCCAGUGGCAACAUCAGCCAUAGCAACAGCCAGGCAUUUACCAGCGUCUGCUAUGAAGAAGAGUUCCCAGGAGAGACAGAGACACCUGCUGCCAGAGGAGGAGCUUUCAGCCAGCCCCGGGGAGCCCUGGGACCCCGCAGCACCUCCCAUGUGGACAGGCCACAGGGACAGCUGGCCCAGAGACCCACGCCCGGAGCCCAGGCACCUCCCGCCCCCCGUCAGCACACAGGGGCCAAGACUCCGGUGCCCAAGGCAAGGAGCCACAUGCCAGGCUCCCUGCCUGAGGAAGUGCCCCCCAGAAGUAGGACCGAUGACGGAACCCCCCAGAACCCCGCUCCAGCCAUGGCCCUGCUGAUCCGAGAGGCUCUGGUUAGAGGGGGCCUGGACACCUUGGCAGCCGAUGCUAAUUUCGUCACGGCCACGGGCCAGGCCCUGGCGGAGGCCUGCCGAAUGGAGCCGGAGGAAGUGGAGGUGGCAGCAACAGAGCUUCUGAGGGGCCGGGACCAGGGAUGCCAGGCCUCGGAGGGCGUGGCCCAUGCCCACGGGCCCGCGGUGCCCUGGUCCUCCCUGGACAGCCUGGACCAGCUCCAGGGCUCGCGGGAGACACUCAUUCCCCGCAGGCUGUGAAGCCUGUGGUCCACAUGGGCUCAGAAUCCGUGAGACCAGGUGGGGGGCUGGGGUGGGGAGGGGGAGCCCAGCACAGAAGCCCCCCAACCCCACCAGCUAAGGGGACAGGCCGGGGGUUGGGGGGGUCAGGAACCACCUCAAGUCAGGAGGGAGCCUGACAGCCCCUCCCCCACCAGCCAGAGGCCUGAUUGGGUGGAGCUUCUGGUGCCACUGGAAGGGGCCCGGGCAGUGCCAACAGGAUAUUAAAGUCUCCAGGCCUGUGACAGGA